GCACACAGCCCAGAAGUGUCUGCUUGCGAUUUGCGGUGCCUACGGUUGAAUGUAGACGCCCGUCGCGAUGCAAACUGCGCUUUGUCAGCAAAUCUAACCAUACAGACACACUAAACAAGGUUCCUUCCCGGUCUAUGUGAAGUUUUAAUCUACUUGGUGACGGAGCUCUCCGUGUCUGCAGGCUGUAAAGGGAGACUACUCCCAGUCCGCCAUGCGAAGACCCAAGGGUUUUAAUCUUCCAUUGAUUAAAUGUAGCCUGUGUGACUUCGCAACCAAGAAUGAGUAUAUAUACCGCCGACACAAAAAUAGGUGUUCCCGUGAACAUAGAAAAACAGUUCUAGGUGACACUGAAGUAAGCUUUGCAGAAGACAUGGACCCCAAAACAGAAACUGACAUGGAUGCUUUUGAGGGAGAGCAAGAUGCUACGAACGUUGAACAGGGAGAACAGGAAGAGCAGCAGGAUGCUGGGGAAGUUGCCAUGGCGAUGUCCCCGAGUUCUGCUGGGACCUCACUCCCACCUCCAUUGGUCAACAGAAAUUAUAGAUGUUCUCAGUGUACUUACGCUACGACAAAGUCUAAGAUGUUUCUCUAUCACCAGAUUGACAGUCAUGGUGCCAAGAUUAAUGUAUUUCCAUGCCAGUUUUGUGAGUAUGCAACCAAGUACAAGCACAAGGUGAGACGGCACAUUCAGUUUGCUCACAAGGAGAAACUAGCAGAAGGACGACUUAUUCAUGGUUUUGAGGAAGGAGGCGUCUUGGGUGAACUUGAGGCUGCGGCAGAGUCAAACAAGACCUCCCGUAAAGAGAAAACAGCUGGAUCGCUAUUCAGGAAAGCUUUGUCAAGGGUUUCGUCAAAGAGCAAGGCUAUUAAGAAGAAACCAUUGCCACAGAAGACCUAUCCUCACAUCAUGCGAAUUAAAACAUCAUCCGGUGCUGAUAUGUUCAAGUGUAAGCUUUGCCUUUACAGUGGAAAGAAUCGUCACCAGGCCGUGAAGCAUGUGAAAGCUUGUCAUACAGGGGCAAAGACCUUCAGCUGCUGGAUUUGUCCCUUUAAGACUAAAAGCAAGAACGACUUUUACCAACACAAGUCCACCCAUGGAGCCUCCUCAGCACAAUAUCAGUGUCCAGAAUGCUUGUAUGCCACAGACUUCAAACCAAAUUUUGACCGGCACAUGGAGAACCAUAAAGCGAAUAAGCCGUUUAAGUGUACUAUAUGCAGCUACUCCACUGGCCAUGAUGGUGCUUUGAAAAGACACAUGACCAAUCAUCAUCCUCUGACAGAGAAGAAUGAAUCGAUAGUAUUUGGAGGAGAAAUUGUCGAUACUGAUGGUAAUGAUUUGGAUGGUACUGCUGGAGACAGUAAGGAAGAGGAUGAGAUGGAUGAAGAGGAGGCUUUGGAUGUAGAUGACGAAGAGUAUGACCCGAGAGCUCCAGAGGGUGUUCCUGGUUACCCUAGGAGAUCUGGAAAUCGUAAUAGUUGUGAGCUCUGCGGUUUGUCUUACAAGCGACUCUCUGAUCUUGGUCGUCACAUGAAGAUAAAGCAUAAUACAAGCUUAAGGGAAAUGAAAGAGAACCCCAUUCAAAUUGAGAAUGAAAAUUCAAAUGAUAGUUUUGGUGAGGACAGUUCUUGGGCAAAAUCCCAGACUUCUUGGAAGGACAAGGCGAAGUGCAAGUUUUGUUCAUAUAUUGCAAAAUGGCCGUCGGAUUUACGUCGUCACAUGGCUGUUCACUCAGUUGAGAAAAGAUUCAAGUGUCCAUACUGUAUGAAGAAAUACAAGUAUCUUGGUGACUUGAACGUCCAUGUCCGGAGGGAUCAUAACCGAGAGCCCGAAGACAUCGAAGUGCAGAGGGUAGCGAUUGUUCCUCUGAAGAAAUCUUCGCCACAGAUAUUUAGAUGUCCAGCUUGCACUUUCACAACAAAAUGGAAGUCUGAAAUGGAGCGACAUUCCCAUAUGCAUAAGGAAGAAAAGGCCUACCAGUGUCGGAAGUGUGAUUACCAGACGUACUGGAGGGGGGACAUUGGUCGCCACAUUUUCCGUCACCAUGCUGACUUGAUGCCCAAGGAUACUAAGGAUGUGAACAUUAAAGAGUUCAUGAUUGUGAGACCUGAACGGAAGGCUGUUAAAUCGAGAGUCCACAAAGCACUCCAUCUCACAGAAAGUAUCGACCCUGAUGAUUCUGCCUCUGUGGUUAUUCCUGAACCUAUGAAUACAAGCGUUGAUGAUCAUGAAUCUGACUCCCUGAGUACCACAUCCAGUGCCUCUCCUCAGAAAGAUGUUCAUGGAACUCCAUCAAAAUGUAAUCACUGCGAUUUUGUCACCAAUGCCCCAUCCAAGCUGAAGGCUCAUAUUGCUACCCAUUUCAACCUUAAGCAGUUUAAGUGUCCGAUCUGUGGUCGUCGAUCCAAUUGGAAAUGGGACGUCCGCAAGCAUAUGAAAAAAGAUCAUCCUGAAUCAAAUGCUGACGUUCAGACCCUGUGUCUGGAAGAGGCCAAGGCAACAAUCCAGGACUACCUUGACACCCAGCCCAAUGUUCGACGCGAGCACCACUUUAAUGUACAGCUUGCUGCCAAGAUGGAAGCUCAGUCGGGUGAAGUGAAGAUGAAGAAACCAUAUCAAUGUUCACUCUGUCCAUUCCGAUCGGAUUUCCGUUGGAGUGUCAGCAAGCACCUGCGCACUAUCCACAAUGGGCAGCUAGGCAGCAUUAUAUUCCUUAAAGAGAAGGAUAAGGAUAAAGACCCUGAUGGGUAUGUCCCUUCCAAGGCAGAGAGUCAAGAGAAACAGUCUAUGGCUCCUCCUCCACCCAGCAACAAGCAUCAUGAUUUGAGAGCACCCAGUAAGAAGAACACCUUCCGUCAGCCAGUGCCUUCUGGUGACAUUGACAUGGACAAACCCUACAUGUGCGUAGAGUGCGGGAAAAGAGGCGCCAUCAAGGGGGACAUCAAGAAACAUUACCACUAUAUCCAUCCUAAUAAAGAAGUGAAACUGAUCUAUGUACCCGAUGGGAGAGAGUUCGUCUAUGCAGGAAACACCACUCCUCUCCUUGGGGAUGACACUGGAUCUCACAAUCAGCAGUCUUCCAGUGGGAAAGAAACGGUUGAUGGCAAGAGAACAGUGUAUGGGGAGAACACCAAAUACAGCGAUCCUAAGACCCAUGGAUACUGUAAACCAUUCAAGUGUUCCGUCUGUUCAAGACGGUCCAACUGGAAAUGGGAUGUGAAAAAGCAUCUGAGAGACAAGCACUCUGGUGAUGGAGGUUAUGUUAUAAUGCUGGACCUGAAGACUGCAAGAGAUACAUACCAUGCAGAGUGUUCUCCUCAACAGGGAAAUCCCAUGAGAGAAAUCCGAGCAUUAGAGGCUAAAAUGCAAGCGACUGAAACUGAAGCUGAGGUCAGCGGAAUGAAUGAGGACUUGGAUCGUUGCAAGAGGUUUAAGUGUGGGUCAUGCUCUUACAGGUCUAACUGGAGGACGGACAUUGGACGCCACAUCAAGAGGAGACAUCGUCACAGUAAGACGAAAGUGAUUCUCUUGGAUUAUAAAGUGGCUAAAGAGACUUUGUCGAGCUAUUAUUACGACAGAACCUCCAGGGAACCAGCGGCUUCUGAUGCUUCUAUUGGAAACCUGAAAAAGGAAUCCUAUAAGAAGAAAAGUGGAACUGAGAUGAAGAAAGUGUGGAAAUGUUGCAAAUGUCCCUUUGAGGCGACUGUCAAAUCUCACAUCAUCCGUCACAUGCAGAAACACAACAUGAAGCCCUUCACAUGCUGUCUCUGCAGUUUCUCAAGCAACUUCAGAAGUGCCUUGUAUAGACAUCUGAGAUGCACCCACGGCAAGACUGAUUAUCCUACCUAUACAAAGAUCCUCAUUAAAUAUGGGAAAGGAUUUGCUGGAGGAAGCAAUGGCCAGACCACCUUAGAUGACUUUGGUGUCGCAAUUAGCGCUCUUCAGCAAGGCAAGACCAUCAUUACAGAGCAAUAUGUCGACUCAUACUUGUGUAGAAUCUGCAAUUUCCAGUCUCCCAAGGACUAUCUAGCCUACCGUCAUAUUCGUGAAAAACAUGGAGUUGAAGACAAAAACCAGGUUUUGAAGAUUCGAAAGCGGCAAAGGAUGGAGGUGCCAGCUGAGCAGGAGCUCCAGCCCCUGGAGGAUCAGAUGAAGGAGGAGUCGCCCAAUGAAAGGGGGAAGAAGUACAUGUGUAGCAUCUGCCCUUACAAAGCUACGAAACGGGGACUGUUGAAUUUCCACAUGACCUAUCACCAGCCUCAAGCUGUCAACAAGUACAAAUGCAAAUACUGCCCCUAUUAUGUGUGCGCACCAAGACUGCUUCACCAGCACAUGAGGCUACACACCAACAGGAAGAACUGGCCGAAAGGACAAAAGUCACCAAAUGUCACUCCCAAGAAGAAGAGUACCACUCCAGGCAUUGCAGUUACCCCGAAGAAGCACAAAUGUCCUCAGUGUCCCUACCAGAGUAACAGUAAGAAUGACAUGUUGUAUCACAAGCAGUUUCAUAGACCUAAGCCUACAGCUGAGUUCAAAUGUGAACAUUGUGAUUACUGGGUGACUCAUCGUCGACUCCUCAAGCAGCACAUGAAGAUCCAUGAGGAAUAUGAACAACAAUUGAUGCUGCCUCCACAGUUGGUGCUUCUUCAAGCUUCGCCAUGUAAAUCAGAAAUGUCUGAUGCAAGUAUCCUGUUUGAUGCUGUAGAAGUUGCUUCCUUGAAACAGCGUCUGAUUGGUUCAAAGAUCACUGCAAGUUUGUCCACAAGCCCGUCAGUGUCCCCGAUGAAGAUCGCCACACAGUGCUCUGUGGGUACCCGGCCUGGCUAUGUCAUGAAGAAUGGUUCGUACAAGAAAUUACACCGAUGUCAGUUUUGUCCCUACACAAAUAUCCGGAACAGGAAUGUGAAACUCCAUGAGAUGAUGCAUGGUGCUAGGAAGAGCGACCACCCUCUCAUGAAGUGUCCUCAUUGCGACUACUAUGUUGGAGCUAAGGGACUCCUAUCCCAUCACCUUAAGGUGCAUCAGCAACAUUAUGUUCCUGACUUCAAUGACAAUCUGGUAGCAGAUCAUGCAAAACAAGAAGGCCUUGGAGGCUAUGAUGACGAUGACCGGAGUUCGGAUACGACUGAAAUCAUGCAGGAGCAUAAAGUGGACACUCUGCUAGAAAUCGCCAGGUUCAAGAAAUACUGUUGCGAGAAAUGCCCCUAUGCAAGUGCAAAACGUUCCCACUUUGAACGUCAUUCUGAACUGCACGGAAGCAAACAACGCUUCACAUGUGACUUCUGUGAUUACAGUGUUCCUUCGAACAAUCUACUAGCUCAGCAUCGCAAGCUUCAUAUGAUGCCGAACCAGAAUUUACUUGCAGCUCAAUCGUUGAUCAAUUUGCAACAUCUAGCCCAUGUACCCGCGGAUGUUGCCCUAGCAAGUGCCCUGCCUCCUAUAGACACCAAAGAGCCAAUUACAAUCAGUGUUAUACAUGACCACCUUGAUCUGUAUGAAAAUGCUCCACCUGAAGCUGAAUUUGAACCCAAGAAGUUGUACAGAUGUGAUCGAUGUCCAUAUGCAAAUGUUCGAAGAGAUCACCUCAUUGCUCACCUUAAAUUCCAUAUGGUCCGCAGCGAUCUUGCCUGUCCAUACUGUGAUUACAGUGUGUCGAAGCAGUAUCUCCUUUCUCAGCACAUCCGUGUCCACUUUUGUCCCUUGCCUGAGCUGUCUGAUUGGCUGGCUCAGAAUGGACAAACAGACAGAGCCCAGGAGUGCAAAGAGCCUGACAUCUCGGAGGCCAUUGAGGUGGCUCAAAAGUUCCACAGCGGGACCCAGGAGAUAGUUGCACGGCCCAAAGAGGAGAAGGCUGAUCCAGAAGAGGAGAAAGCUCUCCCGAGGAAGGAAGAUUCAGAGUCUGAUCCUAUAUAUCAGGACACAGCAGCUUCAGAAGAUAAGGAGAUGGAUGUGGAGAUGAAGGAGGAUGAGCCGCAGCCCAGCACAAGCAAAGAGGAGUCCAUAGUUGUGACUCCAGUGGAGCCAACUCCAGGCCCCUCUUCGGCUAAAGAUCCCCCGAACCCAUACAUCUGUCAGUACUGUGAUCGGGAGUUCACUGCCUCGGAGACACUGGUCAGACAUGAAAUGCAGCACUUGAUUGGAAACCAUUUUGAGAAAUAUGUGACAUAUGCCCUUGAUGCAAAGGUUCAAGCAGCACCAAACGAAAAUCCUACACCCCAAGAAGAACCCGAAGAAAAAUCCAAAGAACCUUCAAACUCUGCAAGCGAGGAGGCGUCCGAUUCCACAGAGAUUGAGACCAAAGCUGAGGACACCGAGAUCAUUGAGGUCACAGUGGAGGAGAUAAAGGAAGAGCCCGAGGAAGAAGAGCCACCUCAGGAAGAAAUCUCGGACGAGAAGGUCGAGGAGAAGGAAGAUGUUGAUGAUGAGGAACCAAUGGAAACUGUCGUCCAUCUUGCCGCCGAUGUGUCGUGAAGGAGAUAAUACUGUGAGAAUUCCAAAUAAACAUUCACAACUGAUGUGAUUGUCACAGACCUCAAAUGUAUUUUAAGGGCAUGUGUGGUAAAUCCAUGUAUUAUGUUUGUACAGUUUCAGUGCAAGAAUGUCUGCAUGGUAGUUUUAGGAAAGUAUUUAUUUUAGUCGGUAUGAAGAAUUUUACUGCGUGUGUAAUGAGCUUGAAGUGGACAUUGAGUAUGUUGUUCAUUAGAAAGUUGACAAGGGUAGGUAACUCUUUCAAGAUUGUGACUACCUGACAACUUACUACAUACAAUCCAGUCACCAUUUUGGAGAGAACGUUAGAUGGACCGUUUCAUAAUUUCAAGUGCUUGUAAAAAUAUUUAUUUUGUGCCAUGUGACAUGAAUAUUGUGAAUGUUUUGUGCAUAACAAAAAUAAUAUGUGAGAAUGAAGUGUGCAAAAAAUGUUCUUUUAAAAAGUAAUUUUGUCUGAGAUUGAUAACCAGACUUAUAUGAGAAUGAUGCUAUAAUGCAAAAAGAUGGGGUUGAAUACCACAGCCUGUAUUUCACAUCAGUGUACAGCGAAAACCAUUCUUGGUAUCGUCUGACCAGAUUGCUUUAGAACACCCAUUUUCCUCUGCUUGGUCAGGGCAAUGGUUUUAGUCUUUGCAGAGUUGUCUCCCUUGGCUUUGCCAGGAUCUACCUGAUUAUGAUCCCUUGUUUAUCAGCACCAUACCUAUGCAUUUGAUACCAAAUGGCAAACAUUUACAAUCUGUGUACAUCAAGCUUUCUUUCUUUAUUCAGCUAAGCCGUGAUAUUACCUUAAUACUGGUCUAAACAGUUUUAAGUCCAACUCACUCGGUCACUACGCUUGCUCGUUGUGAAUGUUGAUUUGAGCAGAAUUUUUUUGUCUUGUAGCCAUAUAUGCAUUUUGUGUUAUCCGUUUGUUUACGUAGGACUCAACUUUUGAUAGGAAUAAGGGGACACAGGUGGCCCAGUCAUCUAAGACACUGUCAUUCGCUGUGCCGAGGUGCGUCCCUUUGGCACGCCAGAAACCUAUGAUUGUGGGUUUGAAUCCCAGUUCGCCCCAAUUAUGUUUCUAGGUUUGUCAGCACCAUACCUGUGCUCAUGGGUUUCACUGAAGUGGUAAACGUCCGAGACCUGCAUCACUUCGGGCUUUCCUCCCACAUUAAGCCGACACGCCGUGAUAUAAUUGGAAUACUGUUAAAAGUGGUGUUAAACACAACUCAUUCACUCACUCACUGAUAGGGAUUCUAACACAGCUCAUACUGCUAUGUUUGUUUGUUUGUUGUUUAAUGCCGCAUUCAGCAACUAUAUAACGGUGGUCUGUAAAUAAUCGACUCUGGACCAGACAAUCCCGUGACUGAUAUCAUGAGCAUUGAUCUACACAAUUAGUAUACAAUGACAUGCAUCAACCAAGUCACUGAUCCUUGAUUUUCGAUCGUGUUCGUCGCCUCUUACAACAAGCAUAGUCGCAUACUGCUAGAACACAACUGUACAUGUAUUGGUUUGUUAUUUUGACUGGAAACGAAGCUAUGAAACUGUGCUUCCAUGGCAAUAUUGAAUACUAUUUGUAGAACAACACAUUAAAAGAAAUCAGUCACAUUCCGUCUCCACAGGAAUUCAGGCUCGGUUGAUUGCAUCAUCAUCGUACCCCGAUUGCAUUGAUAGUUGCUUGCAAUAUCGAUCACUGGAUUGUCUGGUCCAGACAUAUUGAAGAGUGCGGCUUUAAACAAAAAACGAACAGUCUCAACAGGAUAUCGCUGUCAAAAGUUGAGAUGUACUUUACAACAAAAGUUUAUGCAUUCCAGCAAAACUGCUUUACAAUGAUAUCAAAUACUUUUUCACUAUAUGAGGCUGAUAAUGCCAAACUCCUUUUUCUCUAUAGAUUUUGGGCCCAUAUAUAUUUUAAAUAAUUUAUUUAUAUUGAUAGCAACAGUAAAUAAAGUGGGUUUUUACUUAGUUUUGACUUGCGGAAUAAAAAAAUAUACUGCUUUUCACAUAUUUUAUAUGUUACAUUUCAAUUUUUUGGUGUCGUUGGUUCGUAAAUCAAGUUUUCAAAAAAGUCUGGCCCAAACUGAAUGGCUACCUAUUCACUGUGAGUGUGUUUGUGAGUGUGUGCAUGUGUGUGCGUGUGCGUGUGUGUGUGUGUGUCUGCAACAGCAUUUGUAUUUUUAGCACCUAUGAAAUGUAUUUUUUGUGUGUGCUUGUCCAUUUUAUUCAUGAGGGUCAAUUCGAAGGAUGCAAAGUUGACAAGUUAUUUGUUUACGUGGAAUUAAUACAAAUAAUAUGUUUUAUUAUCAAUGCGUGUUAAUCAUUACUUCAUCGAAUUUGUGUAUUCUUUCCGAAGUGACGUCAGAUUUAUUAAGCAGCAGUGUCCCACAAUAGGAAUGAUCCCACUCUCAGAGUGAUUUGUCUUCAUAUUACAAUUUUUCCGUUUCAUAAAACCCAUGAACAUCCGGGUUAGAAGUGGUCUCUUCACAACCCAUGCUUGGAUGGUGAAGUUCGCUGACUUGGUUGAUGCAUGUCAUCGUAUCCCAAUGGUGCAGAUCAAUGCUC